AUUUAUCUAAAAGCGAUAGAGGACGUGCUUUGUGAUUCGUGAGACAGUGACUGAAUUGUUCACUGUGGAUUGUGGUUGUGGAUUUAGCUAAUGUAAUUGACGCUGUUCAAGUUUCAUGGUCUCGAUUUUUUAAUAGUUAGCAGUACAUAUAAAUAAGGUUUGGAAUUAUUGAAAUAAAUCUUGGUGAAGUCGUAUAUUUUCAAUGCGAGAUGCCAAACUCAAGAAAGAGGCAACACUCUCGCUCCAGGUCGAAAUCUAAAUCACGCUCUCGUGAUCGCUCCGAUUGUGAUUACAAACGCAAGAAGUAUGACGAUGUAAAGACUGAAUCGCAAAACAGCAAUCUGAGUGUCACUUCCUCCGGAAAUUCUGCUGACACGAAAGAAAAGGAUCAUAUCGAGGAUGUAGGAAACAUCUGUAGGGAUGCAACUGAUACGAGAUUAAAUGAGAAUCAAGUAAUUACUGAUGAUCAUGAGAAAAAUAACAAAGAUGACAUAAUCACAGAAUCAGACUCUGAAAGGUGCAAUGGAAAUGUGGUUGCUGGAGUUGAAGAUGUUUGUAUGGAAGAACUACCAGAAGAAAAAACUGAUGAAUGUUUGGAGAGUACUGAUAGGGAUAUAGUUGUGGUGCUGGAUGAAUCGGACGACAAAUUGAACACAUCGAAACAACUUGAAAACACUCCAAAAAAAGGAUCUGGUUCGAAAAAGAAACUCGAAUCCGAGAAGAAGCGCCUGGAAAGGGAAAAAGAAAAAGAGGAGAGGGAAAGGAAAAGGAAUGAAGAGAAAGAACGAAUUUUGCAAGAGAAACUGAAGAGAAAGGAAGAAAAGCAACGAGAAUACGAACAGAAACAGAGAGAAAAGGAAAUUAAGGAAGAAAAGAAGAAGAAGGAAAGAGAAGAAAAAGAGGAACAAAAGAAAAAAGAGAGGGAGGAAAGAGAACAGAAGCGGAAAGAAAAAGAAGAAAAAGAUGAACAGAAACGGAAGGAACGAGAACAGGAGAAAAUUAAAAAACAACAAGAAAUUGACGAAAAAAAUAAGGAGAAGAUCAAAGAGGAAGAGAAAAAACAAAAAGCAGCUGCAGCGUUUGUCAAUUUUUUUGUUCCGAAGAAAAGUGACAGUCCUCUGGAAGAAAAAAAGUAUCACUCUGCAGCAUUCAUGGCAUUCGAAAUUAAAUCUGAUAUGAAGUUGCCCUCUCCUAGAAGAAAUUCCUUGACUGAAGAAGAGAAAAACAAUUUAGAUUCUCAUUUAGAGAACCAAAACUGUGAAGAAACUUAUUUAAAAGAAUUGAAACGUGGGAAAACAAUAGGAAGGAGUUUCAAAACAUGGCCGUAUGAAGAACCAGUCGAAGAUGAUGUGACCAUUGUAGAAGUGGGAGAAACUAUAUGCGAAGAUAAAUCUACCCUUCUAAAAGUGAGGGCAAAGUUUUUCAAAUUUAGAGAAAAUCGUAGGCCAGCUUAUUAUGGCACUUGGAGGAAAAAAAGCAAAGUUAUUACUUCUAGAAAACCUUUCACGGAAGACAAGGAGAUCCUGAAUUAUGAAGAAGAUUCUGACGAUGACUGGGAAGAAGAGGAACAAGGCGAAUCCCUCAACGGUUCUGAGGAUGAAGCAGAAAAAGACAACGACGAAGAGAAAGAUGACUAUGAGGUAGAUAAUGAUUUCUUUGUGCCUCACGGGCACUUGAGUGAUGAUGAGAUAGAUGACGAAGAAAAAGCUAGACUAUCACCCGAGUCUCUGAAGCAAAAGCUCAAGCUGCUCAAAGAGGAAUUUGAUCAGGACAUGAAGUCCAAAACCAAUAAGUUGAAACCAAGAUCAAUAGGUUGCAUCUGGUACAAUAAAGAUGGAAGCAAUGUAGAUGAAGCACUGGAUAAAUACUUACAGUCUUUGGCGAUAAUUUCCAAUGGUCCAAUUGUGAUAAAAAAGAGAAGUGAAAUUUCCACUGCUCCUAAAUAUUCCAAAGUAAAAAUGUCUAAGGAACUCAACCCUGAACAUAUUCCAGUAUUUCUCAAAAUAGCCCAUGGAAACACCAAUAAAAAAAUUGUGCUGGUUGAACAAUUCCUAAGCCACAUGGAAAAAACUGGACUCACAGUAGAUAUUUCUAAAGCAACUCUAAUAAAGAAAUUGAAGCAGUUUGCAAAGUGGAGGAAAGGUGACGAAAAUGGUCCAAUGAAAAACAAAUUUGGGUGGUUUGUUCACAAAGAAUAUAAACUGAAAUAUGAUGUGGAUCUAGUAUAGACCACAUCAGUUCUGCUUUGAGGAGUUUGAUACUUCUGAGGUCUUUGUCUAUUCACUGCAGAACACAAACAUUUCGCAAUCAGUUAUAAAAGUAUGUCUCCUGCCUUAAAGACUAUCAAGGAUUAUGAACAGAUUUAUUUAAAAAAAAUAACUAUUUUCAUUUUGAAUCCAAUAUUAUUCAUUUGAAUACGCUAACUGAUUCAAAAUAAUAGCCCACUGUUUUAAUUUCUCAAAUAAGUAGCAGUAUACUGAAAGGUAGAAGUAUAGCUUAUUUUACUGUUUUAAAUAAAAAUGAAGAGUCCAAGAAA